AUGCGUCUCCUCAUCCUCGGUGGGACCGGACCUAGCGGGAUCAAACUCAUCGAGGAGGCUCUCGCAUCGUCGCACACUGUCGUCGUAUAUGCCCGUUCGCCUGGGAAGCUCCCUCCGUCCAUCACCGACAGCGUAUCCGUGACUGUCCUUGAAGGACAGCUUACCGAUGCUGAUGCACUGACAAAAGCAAUAGAGGGUGUGGACGCCGUGCUCUCUGCACUGGGACCGGGCGCGUCUCACCCCAGCAACACUCCCCUCGCCCACGCAUACUCCCUCGUCAUCGAUAUCAUGAAGAAACACGGCGUCCGCCGCCUCAUCGCGCUCGGAACGGCGAGCAUCAAGGACGAACACGACAAGUUCAGCGUGACGUUCGCCGCUCUCGUCAGCGGCAUCAUGAUCUUUGCGCAUUCCGCAUACAACGACAUUGUCGCGAUCGGUGACACGAUCAGGUCGCAGGGCGAGGACCUGGAGUGGACGAUCGUCAGAGUGCCUCUGCUCAACAAUCAUGGCACUAGGGAAGUGGUCGCUGGAUAUGUGGGUGACGGGAAGACGAAGACGACCCUGUCUAGAACCGCUUUUGCGGUCUUCAUCAUCGGAGAGCUCGAGAAGAACGAGUGGGGCAAGAAAGCGCCCCUCAUAUGUUCUCCUUGA